UUUUUCUAGCUCAGAGGAACAAAAGCAGUCAUUAAAACUCACCACUGUGAGUUGCUCCGCAGAGAAAGAGUGGUGACAGUGUGAGCGCCGCCUCCUCCAGGAAGUUGGAGGUGGCAAACUGGGCUGCAAAUCCUCCAAUGGACCGGGCUGCGAUGAGGAAUCAGAGAGGUUAUGAAGCUCAGAACGCUGUAGUCCCAUAAAGAGAGCAAAAGACUGUAGCGGAGUAAGUCCAAUGUCUGCCGUUGCAUAAUCCUUCUUCCUCCGCUGCUUCAGCCUCUUGUUGGACUGGUAAUCCGGGGGUGGAGGCGGAGGUGUAGCGACCGGAGAGAAUGAGCACGUGCUCAAUCUGAUCGCCCGAGGCAUAGGCGCCGGCUCGGCCGUAGCCAUGGCAGUUUGGAGGCUGCGGGGCCCUCCCCAAGCCAAACGUGACCCAUAGAAGGGUGACUGGAGCUCCCGGGCAUGCUUAGUCUCCUGCUCUCCUUGAGGAAGGCAGAAACUGCGGGUCGCCGAUACCACACGGAGUCUGCUGGGUCCAUGUUCUGGUCGCGAUCUUCUGUUAUGUGAGGGCUGUGUGCAGGCAGGAAUGGUGGACCCAAAGUGCAGAUGCUCGGAGGCAAAAGGUGAACUCAAAACAGCUUUAAUGCUGAACUCAAAAAAGGUAACAAAACUGAGACUCCAAAUAAACUCAGGCAAGCAGACAGAACACACAGCAUAGUAAACGGUAGAUCGCGACACGGACACAGAGAAACACAGGGCUUAAAUACACAGAGGGAGCAAUCAGGGAAUGGGUAACAGGAGGGAAACACAGCUGGGGCAAAUCAGGCCUAAUGAGACAAAGGAAGCAAAACCAGACGCAUUUACAUGAGACCACAUGCGCACCGCUAGAGGAAGAGUUCGGGUGGGAGCCAUGGCUCGCUCCUAAUUAUGACGAGCGCUCUUUCCCGGGAACUCGACUGGCUCUCGGGGGUCCCCGGAGCUGCCAGGGACUUCCACCCCUCACUCCGCCCGCUUCCACGGAUAGAAAGAAGCGGUGCUGUCGGCGCUCCGAGCCUCAGCCUAGGGAGGUCCCUCAGUUAAUGCCAUCUGAGGCAUUAACUUCCAUCAACCAUCCAGUCGGCCUCCUCAGAUGCCGAACUUCAGACCUCAGCAGACUCAGGCCCCCUAAGUCCAGCAGUGGAGAGCUCACUCGAGCUCGUCCAGCCCCACGCCUCAUCUGCUGGAGGGCCCGAGGAGCCCGUCCAGCCCCACGCCUCGUCAGCUGGGGGGCCCGAGCAGCCCGUCCGGCCUCCAGCCUCGUUGGGGCCCGUCAAGCCACGCCCACAACUGUACCAUCACCGGCCAUUUUCCAGGCCACCAGCUGGACGCCAUUGCCGUCGAGGGCGGCCCCCAGAACUGCUUGCCCGUCGCCGCCGUUGCCGCCCGCACGGUCGGCCCCCAGAACUGCUUGGCCGUCGCCGCCGUUGCCGUCCGCAUGGUCGGCCCCCUGAACUUUUUGGGGCUCGUGAUAGAUUUAGUUUAGUUUUGUCAGUUUUCCUGGACUCUUGCUCCUUGCUUUUUGUUUGGUUUCUGAUGUCAGUGUAUGUAGUUUCACUUUCCCUGUCCUGUCAUUAGGUUCAUGUGUAUCAGCUGUUCCCCCUCAUGUGUUUCCACCUCCCUUGAUCACCCCUUAUGUGUAUUUAGUCUCUGUGUUUCAUUGAGUCUGGGUCGCGUCGUCUGUGUUCCCACCCUCCAUGUCCUCACGGCCAGUCUUUACAGUCAUCGUCAUGGUCUUCAGAGUCUUCUUAGUUUAUCAGUAUCUGCUUCCCAGUUUAGUUUAAGUUCAGUUUAGUCAUGGUAUUUCUGCUUUGUUUGAGACCUGUCAACAGCCAUAAUAAAGGCUCGCUUUCAGUUUAAGUUUACUCCGGUCUACUCUCUUGUGUUCGCACCUGGGUCCACCACACACCCCACCGCACGGUCUGUCUCCUCAGAUCGUGACAGA